GCGGAGUUUCAAACCCGCCGGUGGGCGCGGAGCCGCUGCUCGGGGCGUGUGUGGCCUGCGCUGGGGGCUGUCGGGAUCUGGUGGGCUGAACGGACUCUCGACCAGGCAGAUGGCUUCCAAGUGGCCGGGCGUGGGGGUGUCUGUGCGCCGCAGGCCGCUCCAGGACUGGGAACAGCUGGAGGAGAAGGAGGUGGAGCCAUGUGCAGGUGGCCACCAGGAGCCCACCAGCGGGGCCCUGGGUUCCCUGUGCAGACAGCUCCAAAGAAGGCUGCCCCUGAGGGCGGUCAGCCUCAACCUCGGGGCUGGACCCUCCUGGAAACGCCUGGAAAACCCAGAGCCGGCGCAGGGCCUCCAGGCCGCAGCUCGCUCAGCUAAGAACGCCUUGGGCUCCGUGUCCCAGAGAAUCCAGGAGUCCUGCCAGAGCGGCACCAAGUGGCUGGUGGGAACCCAGGCCAAGGCCAGGAAGCGGAGGAGAGGGGCGCAGCAGGGCAGCGGGUCCCCGGCUCACGCCCUGGGCCAGAAGAGCCCCCGGCUGUGUGGGGCCGCCCCAGCCUACUCAGGCCUGGGCCCGCGGGAGAGACCCUGCCACCCACUCUCUGCCCACCUGGGCCCCCGUGCCCACCCGCGGCGGCAGUCCCGGAGGGAGCCCGCCUUCCGCAGCCUCUGCUCCUCGAUGGAGCCCCUGUGCUCCCCCAGCGAGUCCGACAGCGACGCGGAGCCCGUGGGAGCAGGACCCCAGCGCCUCCAGCGGCUGUCCCGAGGGCUGGACGAGGCCAUCGUGGCUGAGGAGAGCGGCGACAUGGCCAUUUCUCUCAUCCGUGACUGAGGACCAAGCCUCCAGGUGGCGCUGGCUUCCCGAGGGUUCUCUCCGGGUUCUCCCCUCUCCUCAUCCUCGCCCACGAACAUGUGCAAAAGAAGGUAGUCUUUCCGGAAAAUCCUGACGAGCUGCCUGGCACCAGCCAGCCUCAAUGACCCUGUCCCCAGCCAAGCGCACAGGCCCCCAGGGAGCCGGAGCCACCUUCCAGCUCCUCCUGCUGGGGAGGACUCCCCCUGCUCUGAGCCCAGCGAGGGGUGCGAGGGAGCGCUGUGCUGCAGGAGGCAAGACACAUCUGACCACCACGACCUCACCCGGGAUCCCCGUGUCCCCACGAGCUCCCAAGGAGGCCCUGGGAGUCAGCCGUGCCCUUGGGGCCAGGCGGGGGCCACCCAGAGCCUCUGCUCUCCUGCUCUGGCCACACCUGGUUCCACCCGUGGCUGCCUGGCCCAGCCUGAGCGUGACCAGGGGGACGAGCUGGGGCAUUGUUCACUCUACUCCCCUCUGGGGCUCGUGGACUUGCCCUGCCAUGUGGCCACCUCGAUGGCAACGUGAAAGCAGAGGCACCAGAAGGUACUGGGGGCCCUGAGCUUGGACCCGAGAGAGUGACUCUCAAGGGACCAUGCCCUGGGCUGCCCUCCCUCCUGCCCCCACCACAGCCCUGCAGGAAGGGAUGAGGGGGAGAUUCACGGCCCCAAGACCCUGGGCCCACGGACACCUUUAUACUCAGCACGGGGCACCUGGGGAGCGCAGGGACUUCUGUGCUUGGCACGUUAUUUCAGGACUCUGCUGCGUCAUUUUAUUAGAAAGAAAGCCACGUGUCACUUCCCUGGAUAACGCUGCCUUUUUAUAAUAAAGACUCUGGAUUUGUGUCUGA